CCGCGAUUAGCUGACAGCAAUUCCCCAACGAGGCCCGAUUGCAUCCAGUUCCUCUCUGCCAUCAUUCGUGAGAAGCAGCCCGGAACCUCCUCUCGUUCCUCCCCGCUCAGCACAUGGAUUCCUCAUUGCAUCAAGUCUGGCAAGCUGCUGCUGGCAGUCCAUUCCUCCCUGUUGUUGGCAAGGAAAGCCAAUUCACCAUCGCCUUUGUUCUUCUCACGCUGAGCCUGGCAAUUACCGGUGUCUUUGCACUAAACCGUUCAUUAGUCAGCGUCAUUGCACUUGGCGUGCCAGCUUCUCUAGCAAUUGCCUUUGGAACCGUUUAUAUGUUCUGUGCAGUCGGGGUUUACGUUUGAGGCGGCCAUUGUAUUCUAGUUGGUAAAGGCACUCAAAAAGGGUGCUUUAGAGCGAGUUAUUGUGUCUUGUGCUGUUUUCUCAUUUUCUUUUCUUACCGAUUAUAAGAGUUGUUGUCAUCUGUUCCAUUUUACUUUUUCCCCCCAGCAUCUGAUUUCUACUUUUCGACAUGGCCACCGAAGUGAAGCCUCUUUUUCGAGCCGUCUCGACGUCUCCGCGGCCGCUCUAUCAGCUCCUUCGAUGUAUAGACUUUGCGCAAAGGGUCCACGUCCAAAUUACUGAAGAUGGGAUCCGAUUUGCGGCUGACAACUCACGGGUCAUGCAAGGGGUUGCAUUUUUAGACAAGGCUCUGUUUUCUGCAUACACUGUGAAUCUCCCGCCCUCGGAAGAUGGCGAAACUCCUGAUUAUCCCAAUUUCCAAAUACCACUGUCGACAUUUCUUGAAGUAUUGCAAAUCUUUGGAUCAGUGGAUGUGGCCGCUCGGGCUCAAAAGGCCGACCAAGAUCCAUACCGAAGCAACAUUCGCAACUACAGGCCAAAUGCGUUUAGCAACCACACCCUUGGCAUAGCUGGGACUUGCACUUUGUUAUAUGCGGAAGAGGGUGACCCUUUCAAAAUCAUUCUUGAAGAGUCUGGCACCAAGACUACCGCAGGCUUGACGACCUAUCUGCCUGAAAUGCCAGAAGACAUACCGUUUGAUCGCAACGACCUGACGUUCAAAAUCAUCAUGUCGUCUCGCACCUUGUUUGACUGCAUCGCCGAAAUCAUACCCGCGGGACCGGUCAAGUUGACCAUAACGGCCACUAAGACUUCACCGUUCUUGACCCUCUCCUGCGCAGGAGAUAUAGGCAGCUCUAGCGUGGAUUUUGCACGAGGAAAGGAUCUCCUCGAAACGUUUAGCAUCAACGACCGCUGGUCACAAGCGUACAAGUUUGACUUUAUCAGACAUGCCAGCGAGGCUAUGCGUAUUGCAAGUAAAGUCAGUCUCCGAGGAGAUAGCCAGGGCGUCCUGAGCCUACAGUUUAUGGUUGAUGUGGAAGGAGGGAAAAGGAGCUUUUUGGACUUUCGCUUUGUUCCGUUUGCCACGCAUGAUGACGGCGAGGAGGACGAUGUUGAGAUAGAAGAGUAUGAUUGAGAUUGUUGUUUCUAGGACAGAGUAAUUGACUAUGCGAUGCGCAACUACGGGC